AUGGGCGGCGACCGCCUCGCGCUCGCGACGGCGGGCGCGGCGGAGCUCCGGGAGCUGGAGGGGCGCCUCGAGGCCGCGGGCCGCGCGGUGCGCGCGCUGGUCGUCGAGCGCACCGUCUCGGAGAUGCACAGCCGAUCGGCGGCCGAGGGCCAGCUGUGCGCGCUGUGCCUCGAGCGGCGCAAGGGGCUCGUGUUCAGCUGCGGCCACCAGGCCUGCGUCGAGUGCGGGGAGCAGCUGAGCAGCUGCGCGUUCUGCAGGAAGGAGAUCACCGCGAAGAUCCGGAUGUACGACUCGUGA